UGGUGGAACGUUUCGGGGCGGAAAGGAAUUUGUAUAAAGGCAGCGGAAAAGUUCAGGGAUCACCUUUUAAGCUAAAAGUGAUUCCCAUUGGCAGCAAGACGUGAAAGUCAUGUCGGACUGGGUGUCAUACUAUAAAAAUGAAGAGGAGGAAGAGGAGGAACAAGCUGAAGAAGCUGAAAACAUUGGGGAAUAUAAAUAUAUUGGUCGGGACACUUUGGUUUUUUUAGUGGAUGCCUCAAGAGCCAUGUUUGAUUCCUAUGAUGAUGGUGAUUUGACUCCUUUUGAUAUGACUGUCCAGUGUAUUCAGAACGUGUACACAAACAAGAUCAUCAGCCACGAGAGGGACCUUGUUGGUGUGGUGUUUUAUGGUACUGAGCAACACAAAAGUUCCGUGGAUUUUAAGCACAUUUAUGUUCUUCAGGAUUUGGACAGUCCAGGGGCAAAACGAGUGUUAGAGCUGGCCAAGUUCAAGGGAGAGCAGGGGAAAGCCCUCUUCCACAAGUCGUUUGGCUGUAGUGCCGACUACUCAUUAGGGGAGGCCCUCUGGGUUUGCUCCAAUCUCUUCAGCGAUAUCCGCCUCAAGAUGAGCCAUAAGAGGAUCAUGCUGUUCACCAAUGAAGAUAACCCUCACGGUCAAGAUAGCACGAAAGCCAAAUUUGCUAGGACUAAAGCGGCUGACCUUCGAGAGACAGGUAUUUACCUUGACUUAAUGCACCUGAAGAAGCCUGGGGGAUUUGAUAUUUCCUUGUUCUACAGGGACAUCAUUAAUACAGCAGAUGAUGAAGACCUAGGAGUCCAGUUUGAUGAGUCCGGCAAGUUAGAAGACCUCAUGAAAAAAGUACGAGCAAAGGAGACAAGGAAGCGAGCUUUAGCCAGGCUAAACUUGUAUCUGGGGAAUGAUCUGGCUCUUACUGUCGGCAUUUUCAACUUAGUCCAGAAAGCUUUCAAGCAGCCUCCAGUGAAACUUUACAGAGAAACCAAUGAGCCAGUGAAAACAAAAACACGAACCUUUAAUCGAGAGACAGGUAGUUUGCUUCUCCCCAGUGACACUAAGAGGGCUCAGAUCUAUGGGAACCGUCAGAUUGUGCUGGAGAAAGAGGAGACGGAAGAAGCAAAGAAAUUUGAUUUACCAGGCUUGUAUCUGAUUGGCUUCAAACCCUUGAUAAUGCUGAAACGACAUCAUUACAUCAGGCCUGCCCAGUUCAUCUAUCCUGAGGAGUCCUUGAUUAGUGGAAGCACUACACUAUUUAAUGCCCUGCUAACAAAGUGUUUGGAGAAAGGUGUGAUGGCUGUAUGCAGAUACACCCCCCGCCGAAACACUCCUCCCAGAUUUAUAGCCCUGGUCCCUCAGGAAGAAGAGUUGGAUGAACAGAAUGUACAGAUCGCUCCCUCAGGGUUUCAUUUAAUUUACCUACCUUAUGCAGAUGACAAACGGAAAAUUGAUUUUACAGAGAAGGUUCCAGCUAAUCAAGAACAGGUGAACAAAAUGAAGGAAAUAGUCCAGAAGCUUCGGUUCAAGUACAGGAGCGAGAGUUUUGAGAAUCCAGUUCUUCAGCAGCACUAUAUGAACCUAGAGGCUUUGGCACUGGACCUUUUGGAACCUGAAAAGGCUGAGGAUCUGACAAUGCCCAAGGUUGAGGUGAUGGAUUGCAGAUUGGGAAAUCUUGGAGAGGAGUUUAAACAACUGGUUUACCCACCAGGCUAUGACCCUGAUGGUAAAGUUACAAAGCGGAAACAAGGAGAUGGUACUGAGCCAGCAGAAAAGAAAGCCAAGAUAGAAAUCUCUGAGGAGGAGCUGAGGAAUCAUGUUCAGAAAGGCACUUUGGGUAAACUUACUGUGCCAGUUCUGAAGGAGGUGUGCAGGAUUUAUAAACUGACAGGGGGUGGAAAAAAGCAGGAACUUUUAGAUGUGGUGACAGAAUAUUUCACAAAACACUGAGUUCUUUGCAGAUAUUUCCCACUGCUUAGUCUCAUUUUCUGUAAGCAUUAGAUUUUGGCAAUGGAAAACAGGUGUAUCUUUGUGAAUAUAAUUAGAUCAAAGGGAGUGGGAUUUUUCCCCCCACAAGAGGUUGAAGAACCUAUUGAAACUUAGGGUUUAUUGAUAGAAAAAGGCCUUUCUCCACAACUCUAGAUUUAAUUAUGAAAAUGUAUGUGACUUUGUAUUCAAUAAAUUAACUUUUGUACAUGUCA